AUGUGUGCACCAGUCAAGGAUGUAGAGUAGAGUGCAUGACCAGGAGGAAGAUGUGUGCGUGUGUGUGUAUUUUCCGGGAAGGAGAUGAAGGUACUGACACACAUCAGAGGAUGAGGAUGAGCAACGAGUGCUCCUCAGCCGCUGCUUGUGCUUGGCAGCGAGGAUUUUCCUGUGAAGUGUCCAUCGAGAGCCACAGGCGGCGCAACUCACUGCUCGGAAUACUCUUUGGACAGCUUUUUUUUGUUGUUGCAAACUUUCGUCUUUUUCCUGGAGUGGAACAAAAAUGGAGGAAAUCUAUUUUUCACUCUUUGGUCCCACCGCACACAAAGUGCCAGCCACUUUAAUUUGCGGAUCUGCAGAGAAAUCGGCAGCGUUAGCUGUAGCGACCCUGCUGGCGCGGAGCGUCGAGCACAUUGGCGGCACCCUGGCUGCGCCCCCAAAAUGCAGACUAACACUGAUAGUGGAGCGAUGCAUGAGUGUGAUGCAGUCCGGGACGCAGAUGGUGAAGCUGAAGGCAGGAUCCAAAGGGCUUGUGAGGCUCUUUUACCUGGAUGAGCAUCGCUCCUGCAUCCGCUGGAAGCCAUCACGCAAGAGCGAGAAGGCCAAGAUCACCAUCGACUCGCUGUACAAGGUGACGGAGGGCGGCCAGUCGGCUAGCUUCCAUCGGCAUCCCGAGGGCAGCUUGGACCCAGCGUGCUGCUUCACGGUCUUCCAUGGCAACCACAUGGAGUCCCUGGACCUGGUUACGUCCAACUCGGACGAAGCUCGGACCUGGGUUACGGGUCUUCGCUACCUGAUGGCCGGCAUCAGUGACGAGGACUCUUUGGCCAAACGGCAGCGCACCCACGACCAGUGGAUGAAGCAGACCUUUGAGGAAGCCGAUAAGAAUGGCGACGGCUUGCUGAACAUUGAUGAGAUCUACCAGCUCCUCCACAAGCUCAACGUGAAUCUCCCACGGAGGAAGGUCAAGCAAAUGUUCCAGGAAGCAGACACGGACGAUCAGCAGGGCACGCUGACGUACGACGAGUUCUCUGUCUUCUACAAGAUGAUGUCCAUGCGGCGGGACCUCUUCCUGCUCAUGAUGGCCUACAGCGACAGGAAGGACCACCUGACGGCCGACGAGCUGACCAACAUGUUGCGCUGCGAGCAGAAGAUGGUCAGCAUUACUCCGGAAUACGUGGCUGAAAUCAUUGACAAGUUUGAAGUGUCUGAUGAAAACAAACAAAAAGGGGUCAUGGGGAUUGAAGGUUUUACAAGCUUCAUGCGCAGUCCAACGUGCGACAUUUUCAACCCGCUGCACAACGACGUGAACCAGGACAUGGAUCAGCCUCUGUGCAACUACUUCAUCGCCUCCUCGCACAACACAUAUUUGACCGGAGACCAGCUCCUGUCGCACUCCAAGACCGACAUGUACGCCUGGGUUCUGCAAUCCGGCUGCCGCUGUGUGGAAGUGGACUGUUGGGACGGUCCAGAUGGCGAGCCCAUGGUCCAGCACGGCUACACGCUGACCUCCAAGAUCACCUUCAAGUCCGUCAUCGAGACGAUCGACAAAUACGCCUUCAUCAAUAACCAGUACCCGGUACUUCUGUCCAUCGAAAACCACUGCAGCAUCCAGCAGCAGAAGAAGAUCGCCCAAUAUCUGAGGGAAGUGUUUGCCGACAAGCUGGACGUCGGGCACGUGUUCAGCAGAGAGUCCAAGACGCUACCCAGCCCUCAGAGCCUGCAGGGCAAGAUUCUCAUUAAAGGAAAGCGUCUCCCUGCAUAUCUGUCUGCUGAUGCCGAGGAAGGCGAGGUGUCCGACGACGACAGCGCCGACGAAAUUGAGGACGACUUCAAGCUCAAGAACAGCAAUGGGAACGGUCACCAUCACCAAGUUGAGUCUCACAUCAGGAAGAAGCUGGACUCUCUCCUGAAGGAGUCUCGUAUCGGCGACAAGGAAGACACCGACAGCUUCAGCAUCAGAGCCCUGCUGAGGGCCACGCACCAGGGCCUUCAGAAGAACCUCUGCCAGAGCUCCAGGGGUGUUCUGAAGAAAUCCCAAAGCCGAUCCUUCAUCACCACGCUCAAACAGAAGAGGCACUCCAAGUCGCGACUGACGUGCCAAAGUGUGGAAAAGGAGGAGGACGAGCAGGACACAUCCACACGGGACGCCGGAGGACAGUUUAACAGGGGAGGAAGGAAGAGGAAGACGAUGAAGCUGAGUCGAGAUCUGUCAAACCUGGUGGUGUUCACCAACUCUGUGGCCUCGCAGGAGUGUCUCAAUGAAGGUACGCCCGGCGACGUCCUGUCAUUCAGCGAGACACGAGCCCAGUCGCUCGUCAAUCACCGAGCCGAACACUUCCUGGCUUUCAAUCAGAGGCAGCUGUCGCGGAUUUAUCCCUCGGCGUACCGUAUCGACUCGUCCAAUUUCAAUCCCCAGCUCUACUGGAAUAUUGGCUGUCAGCUGGUGGCGCUGAACUACCAGACGGAAGGCCGAAUGAUGCAGCUCAACAGGGCAAAGUUCAUGGUGAACGGAGGCAGCGGAUACGCCCUCAAGCCCCCGCCCAUGUGUAAAGGCACCUUCAAUCCAUUUAGUGAUGACCCACUUCCUGCGUGCCCCAAGAAGCAGCUCGUUCUUAAGGUCAUUAGCGGACAGCAUUUGCCCAAACCGCCGGAUUCCAUGCUGGGGGACCGCGGAGAGAUUAUUGAUCCAUUCGUGGAAAUUGAGAUUAUCGGUCUACCUGUUGACUGCUGCAAGGAGCAAACACGCGUUGUUGAUGACAAUGGUUUCAACCCGGUUUGGGAGGAGACGCUGUCCUUCACGCUGCACAUGGCCGAAGUGGCUCUAGUGCGCUUCCUGGUGUGGGAUCACGACCCGAUCGGACGAGACUUCAUCGGCCAACGGACGGUGGCCUUCAGCAGCCUCAUGCCUGGUUACAGACACGUCUACCUAGAAGGCCUGACCGAGGCGUCCAUCUUUGUGCACGUGUCGGUGCAUGACGUCUACGGCAAAUGGAGUCCUCUAGUCCUGAAUCCCAGCUUUACCAUAAUGCACUUUCUAGGAUCCAACAAGGGAAAUCAGCUUCGAGGCAUCCGGGGUUUGUUCAACCGCUCUUCCAAGUCUUCCGUUGAUACGACCUCGGCAGGCCUUCGAAAGCGCUCCAUCAGCGACCACCUGCUGCGUCGCACGGCAAGCGCCCCGGUGAAGGGCCGCAAGAAAACCAAGAUGGCGCUGUCCGAGUCGGCGGCCUCCAUGUCGGAGCACAAGAAUGGUGCGGGUGUCGAGGUCGUCUGGGAGGGCGUGUCCGGGACGGAGGCAGACGUGGAAAAGCGGGCCAAAGCACGGCCUCCCCUCACCCACAGACCCACCUCUAUGCCUUUAGACAGGCUUCUGCAGGGACAGCUGACCCUGUGCUCCGCAGACAAGGAGCAUGACUUGGGUGCCAAUGCGGUCAUUGGAACUUACCCCUUUGACAGACCCAGGUCUUCCUCUGUGGAUCUUCACACCAAAUCAUCAGCUUCUAUUAAAAAAAAUGUCCAAUUCCCAUCUAAGAUGAACCACAGGUGGAAAAAAGAUCUCAAAAAACCACAGGAGGCAUCUUAUCUUGUUGUUGGUGAUAACAUUAGAAAUGAGGACGACUAUGUCAAUUAUCAAGCAGGUAACAAUCGAGUCACCCAAUCUAAGAUCCACUCUGCACUUUCCACCAACAACCAGUGCAGAUUAGAUAAACCGGAAAUUUCUUCAACCAGCAUGGCUUUCACAGUCGCACCUUCCGUGUCCUCAUCCUCCUCUUCGUCUGCCCAUUUGUCUGUGGCUCCUCUUUCCCCAGUCAACAUGGACCAUGACGUGAAGAGUCCCAGCUCGCUGCAUGACAGCACCAUCUCCAGACUCAUUGACGCCAUGUCCUUAGGCAACGAGCAAGACACGCGAGGCUCCAUAUCAGCUCUGAUUGGUCAAUUUGAAAGCACUGCUGACCAAAACGAGUUCAACUCCUCUCGUGAUCGGGCCCUUUCUCCUCUUAGAGAACAUCAAGAUGUCAGGCUCACUCCAACAAUGUCAGCCGACCAGAAAGCUCCUCAAAUUGCCACUCCAGGAACAACCCUUUCACCAUGCACGAUUCCUCAGGCAGACUCAACCGGCCCUGCCCUCCUCUCCAGUCCAGAAACCGCUGACCUUGAGGAGGUCUACACCAUUCUAGAUGAGGAGAUGCUGUCACCCCCUGUGUCACUGUACAACCUGAAGAAUCAGUCAGUCAAUGUUCAGACAAAUACACUGGACAGCAUACCGUCAAGUAUCUUGGCUUCUUCUCCACUAAAAGUGGCUCAAUGUUUAAGAAGCCCGGGCAAUGUGUGUUGGGAAAAUAUUUCCACAAAUGGAGGGAGGAUUGAAGAUCCAGAGGAGGUAGAGGAGAGUGUGUACGAGGAAGUGUUUGAUCCACCAGCACCUAUAACAGAACAACAGAGGAGUUCUACUCAAAGAUAUACACUUUCACCUGUGAAUAAGUCUUUCCAGUCAUCCCAUGACCAUGUCUGCAAUGCUUUUGCAGAGGUGGAGGUGAAUGUUGAUGAGGAUCCAACAGAGAUGAGGUUGACCACACCAAGACAUUCAUGGAAGAUCCUCAGUAGUCUGACGAAACAGAACGCUAUUUACCAAAAUGAGUCCAAAUACUCCCACCAAAGACACCCUCUGCCAUAUUGUGAGCCUCAGCAGUACCCAACAAUUUCAUCGUGUCCUUCCCCGUAUAGUAAACCUAGUUCAGUAUCAGUAAACUAUCAGCAAUUGAAUCACCAAUUCAGCAUCCAAUCUUCUCCAACGCAUAGACCCAUAGACUCUAAGGUUUCCAGACCAAGACCACUAAGCCAUAACGGCUACCCGAGUCCUCAAAGCAAUACUUUUCAUCAUAAUAGAGACUUCGCGCAACAGAGAGGCUUCAACAGAAGCCUGACCCCAAACUGUUUUCACCAAGGAAGACAAGGCAGCCAGGCCCCCAACAGUUUUUACCAAGUAAGACAAGGAUAUAGAGUCACAGAGCAGGAAAGAUGCUUGCAAAAUGGGUUCUCCUCUUCAGAAAAUCUCCCAGUUCACUCUGCGCAUUCGCCAAAUAGCUGUAGAGGUAGAGGCCUUUAUUCUCCUUCUUCUGAUUUGGAUACAGUGUACAGCCACGUCAACUAUGAUGGCAUUACAUCCCUAUCAAAGUCUCCACCGCCUUCAGUGUCACAGCCAUGUUGUCAAAGUCAAGACCAAGCGUUCACUCCAAAGCAUUCGUGGAACCAAAAGGUAACUUUGUCCCAGGUACAGUCCAACACCAAAGCUCCAAAGAUUUCAACUUUACGAUCUUUAUCAACUGGUCCCCAGUCGAAUACUGUCGAUUUGACCGGCAACACUCCAUGUAAGUCCAAGUCUCUGGGAGAUUUGACAUCUGAAGACAUAUCAUGUAACUUUCAGAGUAAAUACCACAUCAUUAGUCGCAGUUUCAUCACUCCACAAAUGAGGAAACAAAAGAGGAUGGGAACCAUGGGGUUAGGAACUUUCCAGUCCCAAUCUCGUGACCCGCUGACAGAACAGUUGCGCAAACUGGUCAGUCUGGAGGUUGAGGAUAGUGAAAGAGAAAUGUCCAAGUCUCCUCAGUGCGAUCAGGAAGUGAAAACCCCACAGACAACAAGCACAGAACCCUCCACUUCCCUGGAUAUCGACGACUCCCCUCCACUACUCACCCGUCGCUUAUCCUCCCGUAGCCAAAGCCGAGUGCGCCACAUCAACAGCCGCGCCCGCGAAAGACAACAAGAGGCCCUGAAACCGCGCUCGGGUGGCACGGUCAAUGGCACCACCAGCACCAUAGGCGGGGUGGUUUUGAGGAAUAAACCAGCCUCACAGAAUUCACCUGUGAACAGACACUCUACUGGCUCUUAUAUUGCAGGCUACUUAGGCCGGCUGGAAGACAGGGGACUUCCUGAGGGAGCUUGCACAUCAUCACAGUACGGAAACAGCGAUCAACAUGCAGAUCACUACUGUACCGAUGACUCUCUUCCUCCUUCAAAUUCUUCCCACUUUUCAUCAGAGCCAGAGGUCUACUUCCUUCUCAGACUUUAGCUUUGACAGUAAAAUGAGAUAAAGGCCUGAUUGUGACUAUACUGGUUGAUCAAGGAAUUAUAAACUUUGUUUUAUCUGCAGACCAGAAGGUUUGCCCUGAAGCUGGACAUACACUGUACCAUUUUACUAGUGUUGUGUUUACAUUCCAACUCACUCUCUAGGAGUUAAUCGCCUGCGACAGAAAAAGAGAAAGCUGGCAAUUGAUGUGCUAACACUGGACCUGGACUUCCCACACAGCUGCUGUUCCACUCAAGUCCCGUAGGUGUCAGUAGCACAUGGAUGGAAAAGGGCUCAGGAGUUUGGAAAAGAUAGUCAUAACUCUGCUCCACCUGUGCGAGAACAUUGUCGCAGCCGACCAUAUUCAUAAUUUGAUUGUCGCAUGACCGUUUGGUAUCUGUCAGUCGGUCCUUGUUUUCCCGUGUAUGCUGUACGUGGAACGAAAAGGCUUUAAAUCGGUCUCAAUUAUAAAAGUGAGUCAAUGGAAAUUCACUUUUGCUAAGCCAUACAUUGGAAAGGCGGACUGGCCAAUCACAACGGAGAACAGAGAUCUGACAUUUUCUUGGUGAUGUUCCAAAGGAAUCCAGUGAUACAUUUUAUGACUUAAGUGUUAGAUAUAAUUGGGCUCUUUUAUCAGAUAAAUAUGGUUAAAUAAUGUAAGAGAGCUUGAAGGAAACAUUUUUUAUGCGGCUGUCAUUUGAGAUCUACCGUCACGCUUUUAUCUGCUCCAAGGUAACCAAUUUAUGUUUAUUCCUACGAACUCAUGCUACAAACUUGAGGGUUUGUCACUAUCCACACUAGAAAGCAUAAAGAGCUAUGCUAACAAGGUUAGCUACGGGCUCCUGAUUGCAAUGUUUACGUAGGACCUUUGCCUUUUAAAUGAUUGUAAUAGUAAAUAGAGAGAUGGCCAGUUUUAAAGGAACACAGUUAUUAUUGUUGUAAAGUGUCUCAAUGCUCUAGGGUCUGUAAUGAUAAGAUUAAAUCCCAAGGGAUUCAAUGAUAAUUGUAUGACUUCAGUUUUGGAUAUAUGUCUGCUCUUUUAAAAGGUAAUUAAGGUUAAAUGAUGUCAGAGAGGUUGAAGGUGAAAUGUGUUUUUUUUAACCCAGAUAAAGUUAAAAGGCUGACUGCUUAGUCAUAGUCCCUCAAAAUAAGCAGGCACUCAUUUGCUCUGAGGUAAGCAAUGUACUUUUAUUAUUUGUAAAAUACUGCUAUAAAUGUGAGGGCAUGUUAAUAUCUGUGGCGAUAGCAAGCUUCACCAGCUGCGCUAACAAGGCUAGCUACGGACUCCUAGUUGCAACAUUUGUUUAGGCCUAUUUUUAGCCUUUCAAAUGAUUUAAAUUUUUUUAAAAACCUGCGCGCUUUACAAGACCUGUAUUGUUUCGCAAUGGUUUUCCUGUUUUGUUUAUAGUUAAUGUUUGUUCUGCAAGUUUUACAUGUUAGCUUCCGUAUUGAUUUGUUUUGCACAAUGUCUCGUGAAAUCUGCAAACGACAGAUGAAUGCAGGCUCUGGAUAAAGCGCUGCGAUUGUCUGCAUAGUUGAAUCGGGUCAAAAAACAAAAAGGUAAGCAAUAUUCUUGUAAUAUCCGUACAAUAAUGGUAUGCUGUUGUUAGCACGUUAACCAAAAGGCUAACGUUACGCUACUCCCAAUUCAUCUUGAUUUGUUUUGUAUUAUUUCCUUGUAUCAUUUUGAUAUGGUGUAUGUCACCUUAGAAGGCAAAGGUGAAUUUGCACGGUGUAUGCCCAGCUAAACACUCCAAAUGACACCAUACAAACAACAUUGUUACAGCAUGAAAUUCAUGUAUGAACUGUCAGCAGUUGUACUAGUUAAAAGUUGUUCUAGUCUGGCGGUGUAUUGUCGAUAUUCUGCUUCAUGUCCAAAUAAGACAGACGUGUUAUCAUUGUCCCUGUGAUGUCAAAACUGUGACUUUGAAGCAAAAAAAAAAAAAAAAGAAAAAAGACUGGAUUAUGAAGCAGAAUGUGUUUCUUUGUAUUACUGGAAUGUUUUGUUUUUAAAUAAUAAGUGAAGGUCAUCACCAUGAAAGUCUUCUCGUUCACCCAAGUAUUUUCUUUUAAGUGUAAAUAAUUCCGCUGUUGUCUUGGAUCCUUGGAUGGUAUUUUUAUUCUGACUGUACACUGAACGUAUGUUUGUGCAUGUUACCCACAUGUGAACAUGUCGAGCAUGACUAUGCACCCGUUUAUACAAAAGUUGUUGCAGCUCCGGACAACUUUUGCAGAGAAUGAACAGUUGCAAUUGAAGAUGAAGGCUCACACCGGGUGCCAUCUAGUGUAUCAACUUCUUUGCUUCUGGACUUGUUGCCGUCUAUGGUCUGCAAACAAAAAAAUAUUUGGAACUUAAAGGCUUUUAUUUUUUUAAUUGCUUUGAAUACAGAAUACAAACUCUUGUCUAUUCUGGUGAUUUUUAUUUUGUACAACUUGUAACAGAAUGCAAAUAAGUGUACAGCGGUGAGGCUGAGGGAGGGAGCGUAGCAAAGUUGUAAUUUUAUUAUUUGUAUUGUUCCAGAGAAGACCAUCUCUUUUCUUUGUAUUGUUGCUCAUUUGACAACUGUGAGCAUUUUCCUACCAAUGCAAUACAAAUAAUGAAGUAUUUGAUUUCCACUGA